ACAGGCGUCCGGUUCCAGUCUCAGAAUUGUAACUCUCCCGCAGGACAUCAGAAAACCCCGAAACAGUAUCCAUUCCCAUUUUUUGUCAAAUGAAAAGCCUAUUUUUCCACCAAUGUACAUGCUCUUAUUACUAAUUUUUUUUUUUUUUUUUUUUUUUUUGACGAAACUUAUUACUAACUAUCUCCCCACACAUAAAAAAAAAAAAAAAAAAAAGAAAAAAGUAGAAGGGCAUUUGAGUAUAAUCCACAAAAAAAAAAUAAAAAUAAAAAAAAAUAAAAAUAAAAAUUCAAAAAUUUAAACACAAACUUUCUAACGGAUACAACCCACAGAAAAAUCAAAAACUCAUUUCUCAACGGUCAUAUUUCUUUUCCUUUCACAAAACAAACGCUCUCUCUCUCCUACUUCUUCUUCUUCUUCAAAAUUCGAAUCAAAAAUUCAAAAAACUCAUCUUCUCUCUUUCUCUCUCUAACUCUGCUUCUCUCUCUAACACGAAACUCAUUCUACUUUCUACCUUCAAUCUUCAAAUUGGGCAAUAAUGUCGAUGACUUCAGUAAGAAAUCUGCUCAACAAAUCUCUUUCUUCUUCAAAACGCCAAUCAAACUUAAAGAAAUCGCCAUUAUCAACUUCGAAAUCACAUACUUUUGCUGACGAAAAUGCAGCUCCAAUUGAUCCCAAUAUUCAAUCAAUUGAACCCCAAUUUCCCCUUUCAUCAAACCCUAAAAAAUCACCCUCUAAGCUCUCGAUUUCUCGCUCCAAAGUUCUUGAAUCUUCUAGAUCAGACCCAAUUGUAGAACAUUCUACUUCCCCUGAUCCCCCAGUUAAGGUGGUGGUGAGAAUUAGACCCAAGACUGUUAAUGAAAAAUUGGGCGAUCCGACAAUUAGGAAGAUUUCUGAGGAUUCGGUGUCGAUUGGUGACCGGGAAUUUGAUUUUAAUUCGGUUCUUGACUCGAAUACUAAGCAGGAAGAUGUUUUCGACUUAGUUGGUGUACCUUUGGUCAAGGAUGCAUUGGCAGGUUACAAUUCUUCAAUAUUAUCUUAUGGGCAGACUGGGAGUGGUAAAACCUACACAAUGUGGGGGCCGCCAAGUGCCAUGGUCGAGGGACAGUCUCCUAGUACUCAGCAAGGAAUUGUUCCACGUAUCUUCAAGAAGUUGUUCUUUGAUAUUGAGAGAGAAAAGGUGAAUUCUGAAGAUAAACAGAUAAAUUACCAGUGUCGUUGCUCAUUUCUUGAGAUAUACAAUGGACAAAUUGGGGAUUUACUUGAUCCCACACAGCGAAAUUUGAAGAUAAAGGAUGAUGCCAGAAAUGGGUUUUAUAUAGAGAAUUUGACCGAGGAGUAUGUAACAAGCUAUGAUGAUGUUACUCAAAUUUUAAUCAAGGGACUUUCUAGUCGAAAAGUUGGUGCCACAAGUGUAAAUUCUAAGAGUUCUCGAUCUCAUAUUGUAUUCACAUGCGUGAUUGAAUCCUGGUGCAAGUGUGUGGAACAGGAAACACCAUCAAGUAACAUUAGCAGUUCAAAAACUAGUCGAAUUAGCCUCAUUGAUCUUGCUGGAAUGGGAAGAGAUAAACAAGCUGAUGCUGGAAGAGAGUUUGAAAGGGAAAGAAAAGAAUUGAACAGUUCAUUGUCUCACCUUGGGCACUUGGUGAAUAUCUUAGCAGCAGGAACUCAACCUGAUGAUCUUAUGUACAGAGAUUCCUGUUUAACACAUUUACUGCAGCAAUCACUUGGUGGCAAUUCCAAACUCUCUGUCAUCUGUACCAUAUCUCCUGAUAUAAAAAAUUAUGUUGAGACACUUAGCACACUCAGGUUUGGACAACGAGUAAAAUCCAUUCAAAACAAGCCUGUUGUUAACGAGAUUACAGAAGAAGAUAUGGAUGAUCUAACGGAUCAAAUCCGUCAACUUAAGGAAGAACUUAUCAAAGCAAAAUUAAAUGUUCGCCCAGCUAGCUCUGAGAAUGGACAAUUAGCAGGGAAAAGCGUGCGUGAAAGCAUUAAUCAAUUAAGAAUUAGCCUAAACCGCUCCCUGGUGUUGCCUGCAAUAGAUAAUGAGAUUGAAGAACAUGUCAACGCUGACGAAACUGAUGUCAGAGACUUGUGUAAACAUUUUGACCACUUGAACAGAUCCUGUGAAGAGAUAUCAAAAGACAUGUCUUGUGACAGCGAUACCAUGAGUUUUUCGUCUGUGCGAGGAAGUUGUGAUAGCUAUUUCACCAGUGAACAUGAAAUCAACUGUUUACAUGAAUCAGUAGAAGUCAGUUCUGAUCAGGCAUUGCAGUGCAGUAGAAGUAGUAUGUCUAUCAGUUCAUCUCGACAUUCUGCAGCUUUUGAAGAGCCAGCAUUAUCCGAGUCACCCAAAAUUAAAAAUACUACAAGAAAAAGCAUGGUAAGUUCACCAAGUCUUUUGGCUGAGCAGAACAUUGUUAAUGAGAGCGCCAAGUUCUGUGAAGCUGUGCCGGGGAAGUCAGUUAGGCAAAGUGAGCCAAUGCUGCGAUCCUCUUUAAGGUCAAGCAAAAUGUUUUCAGGACCUACUGAAUCUUUGGCUGCUAGCUUAAGAAGAGGCUUGGAGGUCAUUGAUUCUCAUCAGCAGCAUAAUUUGUCAAAGUCUUCGGUUGCUUUCUCCUUCGAGCACUUGAUGUUAAAACCUUCUCCAGCAGUUGACAAGGCCUAUGCUUCUGUUCAAACAUUAUCAGAUGUUAGGCCAUCAAUUGAUGGAUCACCUUCUUCCUUUAUGUGUAUAUCUUGCCGUCAGAAAGGGCAGAACGUCUCAAAUGAAGUUGAGGAUAGUUUGAAGACAUGGAUAACUGCAAACAACGAGGAAAAGGAUGCAGAUACUGCUCAGGCCAUUAAUGUGCAGAAGGAGCUUGAAAAAGUUUGCAGUGAACAAGCUACUAAAAUUGAGGAGCUCAACCAUCUGGUGGAGCAAUUGAAACAAGAAAAAGAGAAUAAUAAUGCUUUACAAAAUAACCAAGAAAUUGAAGACAAGGUCAGUAGCUUCCCAAGCUGCAAUGACGGUGAGACUGAGGAUCAAGAACCUGAGAUCAUAAAGGAGGCAUGUGCAAUUGAGGACAAGUGCGAAAUAGCUAAUGGUUCCUUUGAUAUGAGAGAAAGGGAAGAACUUCUCAUGGAAAUCCAGCUUCUGAAGAGCAAGUUACAGGCCUAUACUACUGAUGCAGCUCCAAACAAGUCCAUUGACAAGCUAAGAUCAUCUCUGCUAUCACGUUCCAUGAAUUUACGGAAAAACAUGAGCACCCAGUUCAACAAUGCUGAAGAGUUGGAGAAGGAGCGAGAGCGAUGGACUGAGAUGGAGAGCGAGUGGAUUAACUUGACCGAAGAACUUAGAAUUGACAUUGAAGCCCAUCGUCAGCAUGCUGAGAAGGUAGAGAUGGACUUGCAACAGCAGAAGAAGUAUGCAGAGGAGUUAGAUGAUGCCCUUCAUAGGUCAGUCCUUGGCCAUGCAAGAUUUGUGGAACACUAUGUUGACCUCCAGGAAAAGUAUGACCAUUUAUCAGAAAGUCACAGAAGGAUAAUGGAAACUGUAACUGAUGUCAAGAAAGCCGCUGCAAAGGCAGGAGCCAAAGGCACUGGUGCUCGUUAUGUUAAGGCUUUUGCAGCUGAGCUUUCAACAAUGAGGGCUGAGGAGAAGAGAGAGCGAGAGCGGUUGAGAAGGGAGAAUAAGGGCCUUAGAUUACAGCUCAGAGAAACUGCUGAGGCAGUUCAAACUGCUGGUGAACUUCUAGUCAGACUUAGAGAAGCUGAGGAAGCUGCUUCACUAGCUGAGUCUAACCUGACUGAUCUUCAACAAGAGAAUGACAAGUUGAGGAAGCAAUUGGAAAAACAGAAGAACAAACACAAGAUGGAAAUGGUAACCAUGAAACAGUACAUGGCUGAAAGUAAGUUGCCAGAAUCUGCAUUAAGGCCUAUACAUUACGACGAGCCGCUUCCCACAAGCACUUUCACUUCCCAGGAUGAUGAUGAUGCUUGGAAAGCAGAAUUUGGAGCCAUAUAUCAAGAUCACCGUUACUGAAAUCUGGAGAUAAAAUAAAUAAAGUCUGUGCAUUUGGGUUUAGUUGUGGCUAGCCUUUGACCCUACUUGGGUCAUGGUGGUAUUCUGGUGUGUACAAACCAUUGUUAUACUUUCGGUCAUUAUGCAUUUGACAAAUUGCCAAGAACCAAGGAUCAAAAUGUUGUCAUUCUUUAAUUUAAUUUAAUAUUUUUUA